UCUUUAAAGCCCCAACCCUCGUCUCCCUCAUCCUCCUUCAUCCUGUUCUUUGUUUCCAUGUCUUCCUCUGCCGGGAGCUUCGAGGCCUCUUCAGCGGCCUUCUCCUUCUCUUCUUCCCACGCAACAUCGUUCUCAGAGCUGCUCGCCGGCUCCGGCGGCGCCACCGCUGCCGACGAGACUUCGAAGCCGGCGAGAGGAUUUAGUAACAGGGGAGGAGGAGGAAUACCUAAGUUCAAGUCCAUACCCCCUCCCCAACUUCCCCUCUCUCCUCCUCCCAUCUCUCCUUCCUCUUACUUUGCCAUCCCCGCCGGACUCAGCCCCGCCGAGCUCCUCGACUCGCCGGUUCUCAUCUCUUCUAAUAACCGGAUUCUUCCUUCUCCAACCACUGGAACUUUUCCUCCAAAAGCUUUUAACUGGAUAGGCGAUUCUGGUAACCGAUAUCAGGACAGAAAAGAAGAUAACAGAGAUUGGUCUAAUUUCUCCUUCCAAACACAGCAGAAACUGAACGUUUUCAAGGGAAGCCAACAACCAUGGAACUACCAAGAACCCAGCAUCAAAACUGAACUUUCAGCACCAACCAUCCAAGCCAAUAACACUAGUAAAGAGCUGAAAAAGUCUGAUGACGGAUAUAACUGGAGAAAGUAUGGGCAAAAGCAAGUAAAAGGGAGCGAGAAUCCUCGGAGCUAUUACAAGUGCACGUUUCCCAAUUGCCCCACGAAGAAGAAGGUUGAAAAAAACCUCGAAGGCCAAAUCACAGAGAUAGUCUACAAAGGCUCUCAUAACCAUCCCAAGCCUCAAUCUACUCGAAGGAACUCUUCUUCAUCUUCCGCUCAAUCACUUCAACCGCUGCUCGCCUCUGCUGCAGCUUCGGAAGCUUCAGAGCACUCCCAUGGCGGCCGGUCAGGGACAGCGAUGGAAUCAGUGGCUACGCCAGAUAAUUCAUCGGUAUCUUUCGGUGAGGAUGAAGUUGGUAUGAGCAUUCAAAGGAGUAAUCUUGCAGUAGAUGAUUUCGAGGUGGAGGAGCCUGAGGCUAAGAGAUGGAAGAUGGAAGGAGGAAACGAAGGGGCGGCGUUGGCCGGAAACAAGACGGUGAGGGAGCCUAGAGUUGUGGUGCAGACGACGAGCGAUAUAGAUAUUCUUGAUGAUGGCUAUCGAUGGAGAAAGUAUGGGCAGAAGGUUGUGAAGGGGAAUCCAAAUCCAAGAAGCUAUUACAAGUGCACAACAGUGGGAUGCCCUGUUCGUAAACAUAUUGAGAGAGCAUCCUAUGACUUGAGGGCCGUCAUCACCACCUACGAAGGCAAGCACAAUCACGACAUCCCCGCCGCUCGCGGUGGGAGCCAUUCGGCAAAUCAGCCGCCGCCGCCGCCGCAGCAGAAUCAUCUGGCCAUCUCAACAACAAUCCGGCCAUCGCCGGCGAUCAUCGCGAACUCUCUUUUCGGCCAAAGAGUUGAUGCUUUUCAACACUCACACUCACCAUUUCCAACGCUGGAAAUGUUACCCAACCAGAGCAACUAUGUUGAUGGCUUUUCAGGAUUUGAAAAUUCUGCUAGUUCUUAUGUGAAUCAACAGCAGAAGCAGAUGGGGAAUUUGUUCCCUGUGGCGAAGGAGGAGCCGAGGGAUGAUUUGUUCUUUGAGUCGCUUUUGUGCUGACUGCUAAAAAUUACACAGACAAAUAUCUAUAUAUAUAAAUCCUGUAGAUGUUUAUAAGUAGGUUGAAAUUUACAGAAAAUAAGUGGGAGCGAUGAUUACUGAUUUUAAUAUUUGUUUGUUUGGUUUUUUAUUUUCAUGUUUUG